GGAGCCGCUGCACUGAUACACAAGUGAAAACCCUCAGUUUCAAACCGAACACUCAACAGCAGUUUCCAGUUAGGUGUGGAAUUGCAAGAGCCGUAGAGAAGAUGUUGGUGCUAAACUGUUCUACCAAAUUAAUGCUGCUGGAGAAAAUGUUGAAGAGUUGCUUUCCUGAAUCACUCAAGGUUUAUGGAGCAGUGAUGAACAUAAAUCGUGGGAAUCCCUUCCAAAAGGAAGUGGUAUUGGAUUCAUGGCCAGACUUCAAAGCUGUCAUCACCCGGCGACAGAGAGAGGCUGAGACAGAUAACCUUGACCAUUAUUCUAAUGCCUAUGCUGUGUUCUACAAGGAUGUCAGGGCUUACCGACAGCUAUUGGAAGAGCAUGAUGUUAUUAACUGGGACCAAGUUUUUCAAAUACAAGGGCUGCAGAGUGAGUUAUAUGAUGUCUCCAAAGCCGUUGCCAACGCAAAGCAGUUGAAUGUAAAACUAACUUCCUUCAAGGCCGUUCAUUUUUCUCCUGUUUCAACUCUUCCAGACACCAGUUUCCUGAAAGGGCCUUCCCCACGACUCACCUACCUGAGCGUCACAGAGGCUGAUCUACUCAACCGGACUUGGUCUCGGGGUGGCAAUGAGCAAUGUCUCCGCUACAUCGCCAACCUCAUCUCCUGCUUCCCCAGUGUGUGCAUCCGUGACGACAAGGGAAACCCAGUCUCCUGGUCUAUCACAGACCAGUUUGCCACCAUGUGCCAUGGCUGCACCCUGCCAGAGCAUCGCAGGAAAGGUUAUAGCCGGCUGGUGGCCCUCACACUGGCUAGGAAGUUGCAAAGCCGGGGAUUCCCCUCUCAGGGAAAUGUCCUGGAUGACAACAUGGCAUCUAUAAGCCUCCUGAAGAGUCUGCAUGCUGAAUUCUUACCUUGUCGUUUUCAUAGGCUUAUUCUCACCCCUGUGACUUUCUCUGGCCAGCCUCGCCUCUAG